AUGCGGCGGUGCCGGGGCGCGGGGCUGGCGGCGCUGGCCGCGGUGCUCCUGGUGGCUGUGGUCAGAGCCCAGGUGCAGCAGGAGGCGUCGGCAGAGACCACCGAGGGCACCGGCAUCAGCAUCAACUGCUCACACCCCAACAUACAGACCAGCGACUCCAUCCUCUGGUACCGCCAGCUCCCGGGCCGAGGCCCCGCAUUCCUCGUGAGCACUCUUAAGGGCUCCAAAGAGCUGCCGGACCCGCCGGGGCGGCUGUCGGUGGCGGCAGACCGCCGGUCCAGCGCCCUGUGGCUCGCCCGGCCCCGGCGCGGGGACGCGGCGGUGUAUUACUGCGCCCUGAGAGGUGCAGCACGGCUCGGGCUGCCCCCAGUGCCGCUUGUAUUUGGAAGUGGGACCACUCUCACAGUUGAACCAAAAAAUCAAAAUAGUUCUGACCCACAAGUCAUUGUGAUGAAAUCAAAGAAUCUGGAAGGAGAUGGCAGCAUUGGGAAAGCAGCUUGUUUGGCAAAGAAUUUCAAUACAAAGACCAUCAGCUUGGAGAUGUCCUCUAAUGAGGUUGUAUAUGAACAGAGCACAUCCAUUUUGACAUCCGUGGGGUUAUAUGAUACUAUCAAGGUGGUCAAUGUGACAAAGGACACAGAGCUGACCUGCACGGCCCACUUCAACGGCUUCACUAUUACAGCCAACGCAACAUUGCCAGAAAAGGAGGCUGAAGAACCAGUAACAGGGAAGGUUUGCAACACCACAGACACCUCUGCACAAGAUACCAAAGUGGAGAAAGCGAACAUGCUGUCUAUGGCUGUGUUGGGUUUGAGAGUCCUGCUGGCAAAAAGUAUUGCCUUCAAUACACUCAUGAGUAUCAAGUUGUUUCUUUCCUGAGACAGUGGGGAAGCAAGACAACGGCAAUCUGAAGAACAGCAGGAGAGAGCGUGUACCAGCAGCACAAUGGGUUGAACAGCCGAUGUCAUAUCUUCUGACAGUAACCAUCCAGAACACAACACAGCACCUUCCCCUUAAGACAUUUUAUAUUGUUGAAUCCUGCCUAGCUAGUUUAUUUGAAGAGUUGUAACUUCUUUUGCUAUUUCUUUUUCUCUGUGAACUGAGGAGAGUGUAUUUUUCCUCAUCUCCCUGCUAAGUAGAGAUUCAUCUCCCCGCUCUUCUAGCCUUUGCAUAGAAGCAUCCAACCUGCUUCAGUAGUUUUGAGAAACCCAAUCCUCACUGUAGAUAUAUGACCUGUUUAGAACACCUUUUACAGGCAUGUUGCAUUACUGUCUGGAUUGAUGUACUACUGCUGAGAGACUUCAGGCACAGUAGAUGCUAUUUAUAGCUUUAAUGUUUUUUAGAUAGCUUUAAUAACAAUAAUUUUCUAUUGUAGAUGAGAAGAUCUGUGUUAGAUCUGAAGUGAUUCAAUUCAACCAGAUGAUGUUCAACCAUAAAAACAUUUCUUUGUUAAAUCUGUAUUUCUUCUGCAAAGCGCAUGGCACAUGCAUUUUAGAUUACUGCAGUAGUGACCAAAAUAAAGUUUUACUAGGCCAAAA